CGGCAUCGUGCGACCGUCACAUAAACAAAGCGGAGACAAGGGAAACAGUGUGGAAGGAUGCCGUGCAGGCUGUCUUUAAACUAAUCUUUAAACUCAGCCGUCAUUUGUGAUAAAAAUGAAAUUGUACUGUCUGUCAGGUCACCCCACAUUGCCCUGCAAUGUCCUCAAGUUCAAAUCCACCACCAUCAUGCUGGACUGUGGGCUGGACACCACGUCUGUCCUCAACUUCCUGCCCCUUCCUCUGGUGCACAGCCCGAGACUCUCCAAGCUGCCGGGCUGGGUCUCCAAGGAUGGAAAUGUAAACUUGGAGAAGGAGCUGAAGGAAUGUGCAAAGCGGGUGUUUGUGGAUUCUCAGCCUGAGUUCUGUCUCCCUGAGAAAGAACUGCUGGAUCUAUCUAAUAUUGAUGUCAUCCUAAUUUCCAACUAUCACUGUAUGAUGGCUCUGCCCUACAUCACUGAACACACAGGCUUCACAGGAACAGUGUAUGCCACAGAACCCACUCUGCAGAUUGGCAGACUCCUGAUGGAGGAGUUAGUGAACUUCAUGGAAAGAGUUCCCAAAGCCCAGUCUGCCACCUGCUGGAAAAACAAGGAAUUACAAAGGAUGCUCCCAGGUCCUUUGAAGGAUGCGGUGGACGUGUGGGCCUGGAAGCGAUGCUACAGUAUGCUGGAGGUGAACUCUGCUCUUAGUAAAGUGCAGCUUGUUGGCUAUUCACAGAAAGUGGAGCUGUUUGGAGCUGUUCAGGUUUCCCCCUUAAGUUCUGGUUACUCGUUGGGCAGCUCUAACUGGAUCAUUCAGUCUCAUCAUGAGAAAGUGGCCUAUGUGUCGGGUUCAUCCCUCCUCACCACACAUCCACAGCCGAUGGACCAAAGCUCAUUGAAGAACAGUGAUGUUUUGAUUCUGACAGGCCUCACCCAGAUGCCAACUGCCAACCCAGACGGCAUGCUGGGAGAAUUCUGCAGUAACCUGGCCAUGACUAUUCGUGCUGGAGGCAACGUGCUGGUUCCGUGCUACUCCUCAGGAGUGAUAUACGACCUGCUGGAGUGUCUGUACCAGUUCAUCGAGAGUGCCAGCCUGGGCACCACACCCUUCUACUUCAUCUCACCAGUCGCCAACAGCUCCCUGGAGUUCUCUCAGAUCUUUGCUGAGUGGCUCUGUCACAACAAGCAAUCAAAGGUGUAUCUCCCAGAGCCUCCGUUCCCUCACGCUGAGCUGAUCCAAACCAAUAAGCUGAAACACUACCCCAGUAUUCACGGAGACUUCAGCAUCGAGUUCCGUCAGCCGUGUGUGGUUUUCACCGGCCAUCCCUCUCUGCGCUUCGGGGACGUGGUUCACUUCAUGGAGCUGUGGGGCAAGUCCAGCCUCAACACCAUCAUCUUUACGGAGCCAGACUUCUCCUACCUCGAUGCCCUGGCUCCCUACCAGCCGCUGGCCAUGAAGUGUGUUUACUGUCCCAUUGACACACGGCUCAACUUCCACCAAGUAUCAAAGCUGCUGAAGGAAGUCCAGCCCCUCCAUGUGGUGUGUCCAGAGCAGUACACCCAGCCUCCACUCACCCAGUCCCACCGCUCCGAUCUGAUGCUGGAGCUGCAGCCCCCCCCUAUGCCCUACAGACGCUGCUCGGUGCUCAACCUGCCCUUCAGACGCCGCUACGAACGUGUCUACAUCCUUCCUGAGCUGGCCAACUCCCUGGUGCCCUCUGAGGUGAAGCCUGGCAUCUCCGUGGCAACUGUGUCCGCUGUGCUACACUCCAAAGACAACAAGCACACGCUGCAGUCGGUGCCCAAACCCCCUCCAGCACCCCCCAGCAAAAAGAGAAAGCGAGUGAUGGAGGAGCCCCCUGUGGUGCAGGCCCCCAAACCCCUGCUGAGUGGAGCUGUGCCCCUUGAAGCUUUCCUGGCCACAUUACAAAAGCAUGGGAUCUCAGAGGUGAAAGUGGAGGAGACGGCAGACGGACACAUCCUGCACCUGCAGGCUGACGACACGCUGAUCCAGCUGGAGGAGGACGGGACGCACAUCGUUUGUGACAACAACGAGCCGCUGCGCACCACGCUCAGAGACCUGGUUCUGCGCUUCCUGCAGAAACUCUGACCCGACUCCUCUUCACAGCUCCUCCUCUCUGUUGGUUUUUAAACAGUGUUCCUGCUUUAUUGUGGGACUGUGGACAGCAACAGAAUCGUCAUGAGAGAGGAUGAGACUCUCACCUCAGUCAUAUUUAACACUGUAACAAUUACAAUGGUCUCAUUGUAAAGUCCAGUUAAAUUUUGUAAAAUAAUAUUUUGUAUUAAAAGAUUUUUCAAAGAAUGCUCAACAUCCUCUCAGUGAUUCUUUCAUCACUAAAGAAAGUGUAAAACGUCUAAAUAACAAUGCAGAGACCAUCUGUCAUGAGGUUUUCCAAAGGAGGAAGUAAAAAGAAAAACCGAACCACAAACUGUAAGUUUCCUCUGGGUUUACUCAUCUAAAUAUCACUUCCAAUUCCCUUAAUGCAACUUUAUAAUUUGCAUUGGCUCCAUUACAAUUGAAAACCAGAUGUCAUCUUGUCAGUUUGUGAGCAACUCAUUAGCGGGAGAUCCUGAAAAUUCCCAGAUGUGGUAGCAUCUGUCUACAAAAUGUUCUUAAUUGUGUCUUAAUAAAGUUCUCAGUUUAUACUUUCAGAAGCGAACGGCUCAAUCCUGUGCUUCUCCAUCUUUUUCACAGGAGACAUUUCAUCAUCAUGGCAGGAAGGCACUGGUCUCUAUAGUAAAAUGAAACAUGACAGUAUUUGGUUAAGAUUCUUCAGUUUUAGGGUCCAUGAAUGUGACUUACAGAGAAGCUUGGAUACACAGUUUAUUAGUAAUAUGUGCUUUCCCCUCUACGGCAGGUCAACGUGUCUGCUGUGAAGGAGCCUCUCAAACUGCUGCGACUGGCAGUUCUGUGUAUCCUGUGAUAAGCGAUGAUCCCUAUCUGAGCUGUUUGGAGGUUUGAAAUGAUCCAAAGCAUGAAGAUAAACUGAGCUUAGCAGGUAGCACCUUUAUCUGGCUCACACGUGGUAGAAUGUGUGGCCCCUGUUCACUGAGAGCAGAUAGAGAUUUAACAGCUGAUGGUUUUACAAAGUCAAUGUGCCAAUAGAUCAGAUUUACUAUUCACACAAUUAAAAAGUCCUUGGCCGUUUUUCAAAUAAAAACAGGUUGCAUGUUAUUUGUCACAAAAUAUUUAAUUGGCGUAGGGUUUACAUGCAGCUAAAAUACAUUUAAUAAUAUGCUUUCAAUGUACAAUAUCUUACAGCGUACUACAUGACCAUUGCUUUGAUAAUACAACUGUGUGCAGCAGGAGGAACACCUACAGGAGGAUUGAUAAAGAUCACAACGUUCUUAGGCUGAAGGAGAGAUAACUCAAAGUAACAAAAA